UCCCUUUAAUAAUAUAAACCUACCCAGUAAAACUAACUGUAACUUAACCUACACAGUUUUUACAAGUAGAGGAUAAUCUGGUUAAUAUUCACCACUUACUGCUUAGUCUUCACUGUCAUAACAUUUGUCGAUACAGAGUCUAAGAAAACCCAUCACAAUGAAUUCUAUCCUUUGUGCAUUCUGCAUGAUUUUAGCUCUUUUAAGAACAGGUACUGUAAGUUUGUAUCAAAAUAUUAUUUGUUAUACGUAUUAAUUUGUAUGUGAUUUGUUAUAUGAUCAUUAUGUUUUUUGUGAAUCAGAUUUUUAAACGUUGGUGGAUUGAAACUUUACAAUCGUUUAGCUUGUAUUUCCUUAAACUAAGGACAAAACACUAGAAUGUUGUAUUGUAUACAAUGCUGUAGGCCAACAAAAAGCUGGACAGCCAAAUUUGUACACCACACAUCUGAGAAUAAGCGUUUUAUUAUUUUACCUUAUGUGAUCCUUACUUCAAGUUCAACUGUCAAAUCAUACAUUGGGAUUAAUUUGUUGAUCUGAUAAAAAAAGAAAGAUUUUUUUUCAAAAUAUUCAACUAUCUAAAAGUACAUUACAUUUAUAUGCAUAAAGGUUCCAAUGCUUGCACUUCAGUAAUAGAUACAAACGCCUGGUGCUUAUCAGCAAAAUGUUAGCAAAUACUUUGUAAAGACAGCACUCCAGGGAGUUAAAAAAUAUAGUAGGUUAGGUUACAGUUAGUUUUACUCGUUAGGUUUAUAUUAUUAAAGGGAAACUCCAGUGAAAAAAAGCUUUUAUUCAGCAUCUGCCACCUCCUGACGAAAGUUCCAGCGUUGAUCCACUGUGGCAGAUGCUGAAUAAAAUCUAUGUUUUUUUCACUAUAAUUCUAUGUCAUCAUCCUAAAUGUUAUGCCAAAACCCACCUUUAUAAACUACAGCACCAUUGUCAACAUGUAUGGCUACCAUAUUGUUGUGUAAUAGUGAUGUCCCGAACGGUUCGCCGAACGGUUCGCCACGGAUGGCGAACAUAUGCGGUAAACUUUGACCCUGUACCUCACAGUCAGCAGACACAUUCCAGCCAAUCAGCAGCAGAUCCUCCCUCCAAGACCCUCCCACCUCCUGGACAGCAUCCAUUUUAAAUUCAUUGUGAAGCUGCAUUCUUAGUGAGCUGUCCAGGAGGUGGGAGGGUCUGGGAGGGAGGGUCUGCUGCUGAUUGGCUGGAAUGUGUCUGCUGACUGUGAGGUACAGGGUCAAAGUUUACUCAAUGAUGAGUCCAUGGCGAACCGUUCGGCGAACCGUUCGGGACAUCACUAUUGUGUAAUUCAAUACAACACAUAUGAAGUGAAGUGAAUAGUUAACGUGUAAAAGCACUUGGCAAUGUCUUGAGUGCCAAAAAUGAAUAAUAAGAAGCCAAGGACUUGUCUCCCUGAUUUUUGCAUUUUUACCCUCCAUAAAAAAGACUCAGAUAUAUACCUGGUCUAUAGUCACACAUUUUAACCAAAAUACGUAAAUUAAUAUAAAUAUUAUUCAAAUACAUAUAAUCAUGUUGAGUGAGCAAAUAUCCAAACAUACUAUAGGUUUAUAAUUAUUUAACACCAACGUAAAUAAUUGCUCCUGUUACUUUCUAUGGCUUUGUAUUUAAUGUUUGCAUUUGUAUAUUCAUGAUGUAAACACAUAUCCUUCUCACACCACAUUUCUUAGUAGAAUUGUUCCUGUUAAAUCUAAAAAAAAAAGUAACCAGCUUCUUGCAGAAAAGGAACAUAGGAAAGUGGUUUUAAUUUGGCAGAAGGCAAGUAUACGUGUAAAGUGGAACACGAUGGCAAGAUAUUAACACACAUUAUUACUCACACCUCUAAAUUCGUCAUAAAAUCAAAAGGUUUAUCUUAUCUGCUUCUACAAAGUAGUAUCCAGAUUUGGGUUGAAUGACCAGAGAGGGGAAUAAAUAUAUAAUUAUUAACAUUUUGCUUUAGUGCAAUUUAAAGUUCACAAAAAAUUUCUUCACUGUGACAGUUUAAUCAUUUACAUCAUGAAGAUGCACUGACUUUUUUUUGAUCAAUCAUUAUUUUUAGGUAACUGUCUGUCGUGUACAUUGUGUCUGGUACAGGGUACAACAUUCUGCACAGGUAACAAUGUAACCUGUGAUAAUGGGAGAGUUUGUAUUUCUACACAUACAGUAAGCACUGAAGGUAUGUACUAUAAAUAUUCUUUGUGAAUUAGUAAUGUAUUAAAAUGGUUGAGUAGACAGAUAUACAGAUAGAUAGACAUAUAGAUAGAUAGAUAGAUAGACAGACAGACAGACAGACAGACAGACAGACAGACAGACAGAUAGAUAGAUAGAUAGAUAGAUAGAUAGAUAGAUAGAUAGAUAGAUAGAUAGAUAGAUAGAUAGAUGAAAACCUCAAAUCCACAAUCUCAGUUAAUUAGAAUAUUGUGAAAAGGUGCAAUAUUCUAGGCUCACUGUGUCCCACUCUAAUCAGCUAAGUAAGCCAUAACACCUGCAAAGGGUUUCUGAGCCUUUAAAUGGUAUCUCAGUCUGGUUCAGUAGGAAUCACAAUCCUGGGGAAGACUGCUGACCUGACAGUUGUGCAGAAAACCAUCAUUGACACCCUCCAUAAGGAGGGAAAGUCUCAAAAUGUAAUUGCGAAGGAAGUUGGAUGUUCCCAAAGUGCUGUAUCAAAGCACAUUAAUAAAAAGUUAUGUGGAAGAAAAAGGUGCACAAGCAGCAGGGAUGAUCGCAGCCUGGAGAGGAUUGUCAGGAAAAGGCCAUUCAAAAGAGUUGGGGACUUUCACAAGGAGUGGACUGAGGCUGGAGCCAGUGCAUCAAAAGCCACCACAAACAGACGGAUCCUGGACAUGGGCUUCAGAUAUCGGAUUCCUCUUGUCAAGCCGCUCUUGAACAACAAACAACGUCAGAAGCGUCUUACCUGGGCUAAAGAAAAAACAGACCUGGACUGUUGCUCAGUGGUCCAAAGUCCUCUUUUCUGAUGAGAGCAACUUUUGCAUCUCAUUUGGAAACCAAGGACCCAGAGUCUGGAGGAAGAAUGGAGAGGCACACAUUGCAAGAUGCUUGAAGUCCAGUGUGAAGUUUCCACAGUCUGUGUUGAUUUGGGGAGCCAUGUCAUCUGCUGGUGUUGGUCCACUGUGCUUCAUUAAGUCAAGGGUCAAUGCAGCCAUCUACCAGGAGAUUUUGGAGCACUUCAUGCUUUCUUCUGCAGACAAGCUUUAUGGGGAUGCUGAAUUCAUUUUCCAGCAGGAAAAUGCCAAAAGCACCAAAGCCUGUUUCAAUUACCGUAGGAUUACUGUGCUUGAUUGGCCAGCAAACUCGCCCGACCUGAACCCCAUAGAGAAUCUAUGGGGCAUUGCCGAAAGAAAGAUGAGAGACAUGAGACUGAACAAUGGAGAAGAGCUGAAGGCCGCUAUUGAAGCAUCCUGGUCUUCCAUAACACCUCAGCAGUGCCACAGGCUGAUAGCUUCCAUGCCACGCUGCAUUGAGGCAGUAAUUGCUGCAAAAGGGGCCCAAACCAAGUACUGAGUCAAUAUGCAUGCUUAUACUUUUCAGAGGUCCGAUAUUGUUCUAUGUAACUCCUUGUUUUAUUGAUUGCAUGUAAUAUUCUAUUGAGAUUGUGGAUUUGGGGUUUUCAUGAGCUGUAAGCCAUAAUCAUCGCACUUAUGACAAAUCACGGCUUGAACUAUCUUGCUUUGCAUUUAAUGCGUCUAUCUCCUAUAUUAGUUUCCCCUUUUACAUUGCAUUACUGAAAUAAAUGAACUUUUGCACGAUAUUCUAAUCUUUCGAAUAUCACCUGUAGAUAGAUCGAUCUUUAUUCAACAACCUGAUUUCCAAACUAUCAAGCCCCAAUACUGCUGUAAGAAAGUCAGUGCUCCAUCAGCUGAUCAUCUACAAUAAGCAAAGGUAGCCUUCUGGAAGACAACACCAAGACUCUAUACUGCACAGCAUUAUUUAUAUUUAAUGUAAUCAGCCUGUACAUUUAUUUUAUUUUAUAUAUCCUGUGUGAAUUGUGUAUUUUCUUGCCUUUAUAUCUUGUCUGCCGAGCUAAAAUUUAGUUUUGCUAGCCCUGUGUGUAAUUGUUUUAUUCACCUAUAUCUAUUCCUCUAUUUCCCCUCUGAUUUCUGACUGACCUUCUUUUAUUGAUAUGUUUGUUUUUAUUUGAAUAACCAUCCCUUCAUCUCUGCGCCCAGAUACAUAUCCCCCUCCCUCAGCUUUAUUGCAAGCCUACCUGACCCUCGCAUAUCUUUAUUCAACAGCCCGAUUUCCAAACUUUCAAGCCCCAAUACUGCUGUAAGAAAGUCUGAUACCCGGCCUCCCCUCCCUUCACCAUCGCACCCCAUGCUCAUUAUUACAUUUAUAGAUUGUCUAUCACACCCAAAUUUUAGAUAAGUAUAAAUAACAGGUGUACACACUGCCUCUUAUUAGUAAACUCCUGCACUUUCUUAACCCAUAAAACUUAAUAUUUACCCUACCUUCACCUGCUCUUGAUAUUCCAAUUAUUUCCAAUGUACUUUUUCACAGUUUAGCAAUGAUCUUUCUUCUCCUCCUCUUUAUUUCCUCCUUCUCCCUCAGUAUAAAAAUCUCGCCUUACACCCACUUCACUCAUUCCCCCAUCCACAUUUACAUAUGCCCCUCUUUGCUAUACUCCCCCCUUCUCUCAUCUCAUGCUUUGCACUCAUCUUUCUCCUCUCUCACUCCUACCCACAAACAAUCUAAUCCUAGACUCCUGGCAUACAAAACCCAUUCACACCUCCUACCACUUUCUCUCCUCCUGCUUUUAGCAGCUGGUGAUGUCUCUCCCAAUUCAGGGCCCUUCACCUUCUCUACACACACUAAGAAAACCUGAAACCCCACAAACCUCAUCACAAUACUCUGCCCUUUACCCUAACUUACCAACAUUCAGUGUGCACUCUGGAACGCCCGCUCCAUCUGCAGUAAUUUAAAAUCAACAGCCAUACACGACUUUUCAAUCUCAAACUCACUCACCCUACUCGCACUUACAGAGACCUGGCUGUCCCCCUCUGAUAGCGCUACUCCUGCCUCUUUAUGUUUUGGUGGGCUACAAUUCUCUCACACUGCCAGACUCAACUGUAAAGGAGGCGGUGUAGGCAUCCUUCUUUCCCCUCAAUGUACCUUCCAAUCAAUCAUAACUCCCCCUGCUCCCUAGAUCCAAUUCCCUCGCAUCUAAUCCAUACUCUGUCUUCUUCUCUUUCUCUACCUCUCACUAAAAUUCUCAAUUUCUCCAUCUCCUCUGGCAUAUUUCCAUCGCUCUUCAAACAUGCAACUAUAACCCCAAUUCUAAAGAAGCCCAACCUUGACCCUAACUCCCCAUUCAACUACCGUCCUAUUUCGCUACUGCCUUUUGCAUCCAAGAUCCUUGAAAGAAUUGUGUAUGCGAGAUUGACAGACUUCCUCGAGUCCAACUCUCUACUAGACCCGCUUCAGUCUGGUUUCCGCACUAAGCACUCUGUGGAAACGGCACUGACCAAAGUAUCCAAUGAUCUACUCACUGCAAAAUCUCGUGGUGGUCACUACUCUAUCCUAAUUCUCCUUGACCUUUCUACAGCUUUUGACACUGUUGAUCAUCAACAGCUUCUUCUCAUCCUCCGCAAUAUUGGUCUACAAGAUAUUGCUCUCUCCUGCUGCUCCUCCUACUUCUCCCAGCGAUCUUUCAGUGUUUCUUUCCCUGGUUCUGCUUCAUCUCCCCAACUCCUCUCUGUUGGUGUCCCCCAAAGUUCAGUCCUUGGUCCCCUACUGUUCUCUAUCUAUACUGCCUCCCUUCGUAAACUCAUUAGCUCCUUUGGCUUCCAAUAUCAUUUAUAUGCGGAUGACACGCAAAUCUACCUGUCGUCACCUGAUCUCUCCCCAUCCCUCUUGACUAGUGUCUCUGACUGCCUUUCUUCUAUUUCUAACUGGAUGGCUGCCCACUUCCUUAAACUCAACUUGACCAAAACUGAAAUUCUGGUCUUUCCUCCCUCACGUGUUGCUACUCCUGUGUCUGUCCCCCUCCCUCUCAAAAACAUUGAGCGCAUCCGACCCUACUUAACGCCAGAUGCGACUAGGGUGCUAGUCCAUUUCCUGUCCUUUCUCGCCUUGACUACUGUAAUCCACUUCAAAGUGGUCUUACGUGCUCUCAACUUGCGCCAGUACAGUCCAUAAUGAAUAUCUUCCCUAGUACACAAGUAUGUCCAGUCAAGGCGCUCUACUGAAGACUUACGUCUAUCUUCUGUUCGUACUCCCACCUCUGAUGCUCGCCUUCAAGACUUCUUGAGGGCUGCACCAUUCCUAUGGAACUCACUUCCCUCCUCCAUCAUUAAAAGCCCACUUCUUCAUAAAAGCGUAUCAAUUAAACUGUCAAUAGCUCCCAAAUGAUUCCUCUCUUGCAACUGUCAUUAGUCUAAUACUAUCCUUACCUUUUGUGUCACUUUACCCCACUCCUUCUUGCAUGUAAGCUCAUUAAGCAGGGCUCUCAACCACUCUAUUCCUGUGUAUCCAACUUGUCUGGUUGCAACUACAUGUUUGUUUGUCCACCCACUGUACUGCCAAAUUUGUUCUCGCUCUAUAGAUAAUAACAUAAUAAUAAUAAUAAUAAUAAUAAUAAUAAUAAUAAUAGAUAGAUAGAUAGAUAGAUACUCUCCUGCAACUGUCAUUACUUCUCUAAUACUACCUUUUGUGUCAGUUUACCCCACUCCCUCUAGCAUGUAAGCUCAUUGAACAGGGCCCUCAACCCCUCUGUUCCCGUGCAUCCAAUGUGUAUUGCUACAAUUACAUGUUUGUUAGUCCACCCACUGUAAAGCGCUGCAGAAUUUGUUGGUGCUAUAUAAAUAAUAAUAAUAAUAAUAAUAAUAAUAACAGAUAGACAGACAGACAGACAAACAAACAUUAACAAAAGAACAAUCUGAUAAAUUCAUGUAUUUGUAUUUAUUUAUAAUUAACAAACUUAAACAAGUUUUAUCACUAAAUAGGGGUUGUUCUCAAUGAUCAGUAACAUUUCACAUUUAAACUAAGUUUGAAAACUUUUCCAGCUUUUCUGCAAAAUUUAUAGCAGUUAUUUGAUCAGCCUCGCUAUAUUGGCAUAACAUUUGAGAAUCCAUGGGUUUCUCAGAAUUUCCAGUUUAUUGAAUACUCUAAACAGGGAUUUUCACUAAAGUGUACAUUGUAAAGAAUUCCAAAUUAAUUUAAAAUUUUAGUUUGAAAUAACCAGGAAUUACCAAUUCUCCAAUUUAGCUUUGUUUUCCAUUUAGCUAUUUUGACCUAAACUUUUAAUUGAUAUCUAUACUUUAGUGAACAACUCUCAGGGAUUUUCCAUAAUCCAGGAAUUUAGGAAAGAUUAAAAAAGAUUAAAAAUGAAUAGCAAGAACAUAGCCCAAAAUUAAUUUUUUUUUCCAGUUAUUUGGCAAUUUUAGGUAAAUUGUGCAUUUUAAUUCUUGAUUUCAAUUAAUUAAUCAAUGAAUCAAUCAAUAAAUAAAAGAGUUACUAAACUAUGAAAUAAGGAUAACUGAUAAGGUAAUUGUACAUUUAGACUAUAAAACCUAAAUUUUAAUUUUUUUAAUUUUAAUUUUUAUUUUGCUGUUCUGGUCAAAUGUUCAGUUUCUUUCAGUUCAAAGUUUAAUGAGAAAAACUCUUAGAAUUAAUUCUAAAUUCUAUAAGGGCCAGUCACUAAAGUGAGAAUUCAAAGUGAAUUUCAAUUUUAAGGUCACAGCAGCAGAACUGAUAACAUUGCUGACUAAGAGAGUUGUUCUAGAUCAGCUGUUUUGACCCUAUAUUUGAAAUUCUGUUUGAAUUCAAUCUAAAUUCUCCCGUUAGUAAAUAAGCCUGCCUGUAAAAUAAUACUGAUAUUAUAUGCACCUGCAAAAUAAUUGCGUUUAUAUUCCUAUGAGAGCAAAGACAAAGUUGAUCUCUCAAGCACCAUAAAGUAUAUAUAGUAUUAACCCUUUCUGUGGUAGAAUGGAAGCAUUGUCUAUCUAUUUGUACAAAUAAUUAAAAAAAUGAUAAUAAAAGGGGUUUAUUAGUAACUGUGCAUUUAGAUUUUUAUUGAUUAAAGGGUCACAAUAUUUUUUGCAUUUUAUAAUUUUUGUCUGAAAUAAUUAGUUACAUAUUUGCAUGCUCUGUUUUUAUGCAUGUAUAUACAUAUAUAUAUAAAAUAAUAAAAGCUUUUUCAGUGUCCCCCGUGUUCUUGAACUUUUUAUAUGUUAUAUAAAUCAAUGGCUACAUUUACAGUAUGUUCUGGAGUCUUGAUGUUAUCAGUAGAAAUAUUUAUGAACAUGCCAUAAAUGUUUUACAAUAAUCUUAUUUUAAGACUAUACCAUUCCACUUCUAUAUUUAUCUCACUGAACGAUUUAUUCAUAUGAAUACUCUUGGUGCUUUUAGAUGGAAUAAAGAAGAAUGAAUUUUUUGGAAGAACAUGUAUGCCACAGCAUUACUGCAAUAAUCCUGGUAGUUUUAGUACCGACAAGAGCAAUUCUAGAAAGGGCAUUUCCUGUUGUGAAACUGACAACUGCGUUCCACCUGCACCUAUAUGUAAGUACACACGUCAUAGGCGUGCACAGCACAUAUCACAAGAGUGUGCAUCCAGGGAUAUUUAAAAACAAAAUACAUUUUAAAUACACACGGGAUGAACAAAGACUCGCUUCAAUUCAUUCUUAAAUUAACAUCUACCAUGCAGAGAGUAAAGAUGAGUCACCCAGCUCUCUCAGGUUAAUCUGAAGGUUUUUUAGAGACCCUUCUGUACUUUAUUUUUAGUAGUUUAUUUUUGUACUUUUAGCACACAGAAGAGAGCAUUGUUCACUAGGCCACUGAAAGAGUCAAUUUGAUCUUUUGUGUUCUUUCAAAGUCAUUCUACAUUGCACUAUAUGGCCGUUAGGAGUUUCUAUAUUGUCCAAAGGUGUUGCAAGGUAGCUAAUAAACUGUGCCUUAAUCCUAAGGAUACAUUUUGUGGCCUCUUUAGCAUACAACAUUGGUCCCCAGCACAGUCUCUUCCUCCCAUAUUACUAAUACUGCUCUCCAAAUUCAUCGACCCAUUGUUAUUGUCCUGCAAUUCACCAUUGAACAUAUUUGCCGUACACUAACUGUAUAUAUCCGGGGCUAAAGAGCCUCACAUCUGCGACUUCAUCAGCCAAAGCCCCUUCCUAACGAAUUUUGGCAAAACUACUUGUCUGUUUUAUCUAUUUCAGGCAUAUUUUAUGGAGCAAUCAGGGUAUAUAUUUGUGAUUAACUCCUUAAGGACACAACUUCAGGAAAAAAAAGGGAACCAUGACGGAAUAUUUCCGUCAUGUGUCCUUAAAGGGUUAAUUUUAACAGCCUGUGAAAUGUGGAUACAAUAAUACAAACAGAAAGAUUAUUGUGAUUUUAUCAUGUUUUUCACUUUAAGUGCCUGAUGUCAGUGAUAAACCAAAUGGAGUCAUUUGUAAAACCUGCACUGCUGAUGACACAGAAUGGUGUGAUACAAAGCAAGUCAAGAAAUGCACUGGGGACGAGAACAAAUGCAUUGUCCAAAUAGCAACAAUGUCAGGUAUUAACUGACCCAUCUUAUGAUUACUUAAAUUUCGUACAUACUAAAAAUUUCGUACAUAAUUAGUUACUAAAAUGAGACUUGUCUCGGAUACAAAUUUAAGGCCAACACAAUCAAGCUGGAAACAUAGUGUCUUGGAGAAUGUUUACAGUUUGGGGACAUUUAUCUGAAAUUUGAAAUUCACAUCGAAAUCUUGAUCAUUCUUAAUUUAGCAUGUUUAAAAUGCUCAAUGUCUUGUUUAUUUUUACACUUUGCAAAUACUAUGUUGUAUUAAAUAUCAAUAUUGUGUCAUUUCAGAAGAACUAACGUAUGUUGGGGCUAAGUAAAGACAGCAAGGGUUCAGUGAUUUAAAUAUUACAAUCAGUAGAUUUUACCUGUAAAUACAUAUUUGGCCACAGGGGGGAUCAAACUUUGCAUGAAAUAAAUUUAUCUCUAAUUUGGGAGCAUUUACUUUAUAGAGCAGACAUUGUGUACAAAACUAGAAACGAUUACUAUACUGAAAGUGGAAUUGACCUUUUUUAGUUAUAGAAUAAAUGUGUUAAUUGUGAGGGUUAUUAGUGAAAGUGACAAUCAGAGGUAAAUUCAAAGUGAAGGUCUUUGCUUUCCAUUCAGCUAUUCUGGUCUAAAAUUUGAAUUUCACUUGAAUUGAAGCUUUAGCGAAUACAUUUUUUUUUUUUACUUUUAAUAAAAUUUAAGGAAUACUCCAGGGACCAUAACAAAGUUAUUAAAAUUAAGUUGUUAUGGUGCCAGGAGGUCCAUAGCAGCUUUCUUACCUGAACGGGUUACCUAUUUCUUGAAUGUUGACUCCGGAUCUUUAGUUUUUUUCGUACUUUCUUUUUAUAAAUGGGGAUCUGUUGAUUGGCUUUGAGCAUCAGCUUACUGCUCUAUCCAUUAGGGGUGUCCUUCUUUAUGGCACUCUGUGCUUCCUGAAAGUCAAUUUUAGAAGCUUGAAGCUGCUGGGGUAAUUGAAGAUUUGACACUGGAGGUAACCUUUGGGGUUAAGCCGUUUGAGAACAGUUUCAUGCAUUCAGGUUAGAAAGUACCUGGGUAUCAUAAUAAUUCAAUCUUGAUGAAAUUGUAGUAGUGCCCAGAGUGUUCCUUUAAAGUUUUGGCUAAUUUUUAACAUUACCUUUUUUCUUCUCUUUUUUUUCCCCAUUAACAUAUUUUUUGGGACCUCCUGGUACCAUAACAAUUUCAUGUCAAUUAAGUUUUUAUGGUGCUAACUGUGUUCCUUUAAUUUUUUGACAAAAUUUUAACAUGGAAAACUUGAGUUUUUUUACUUGAUUUUUUUUCCAUUAACAUAUUUAUGAAUCUGUGCAUCUGCGUUAACUUUGUGUUAAUCUAGUAUUAAUCAGAUGUGCAAACUAUUUCUUCUAUAUAGGAGCAGUGUCACGCAAAACAGUUCUUCGUGGAUGUGCUACGCAAAGUAUUUGCAAUAUCGGCAAUGAAACUGUGACAACUGAUGGUAUAAGUGUAAUUGUUAGCAUUUCAUGUACCGAUGGUUGCAAGAGUCUGUAUCGUGGUUCUUCCUUCCAAACACUUCUUGCUUUUGCGUUGUUCUUGUCAUUGGGUUGCAAAAACUAAUGGAUGUUUGACACAUUUCAAGAUUUAAUAUGACAAAAAAAAUUAAAUAGUCAACUAUUUUCUACUGUAAAAAAUAUAUUAUAAAGUCAUUUUUGUUUUUGUUGUAAAUCUACCUACCUACAUAAAUAGAAAUGAAACUAUAUGUGUUUACAUUAAACUACAAACAUUAGAAAUAAAACCAAUGUACCAAUGAAUCCAAUAAAAAAAAUCUAAACAAUAAACACUUUCAUGAUAGUAUUGAUGCCAGAAAAUAAAAUAUUUGGAAAUGAAUUUUUAUUGUUUUAUAUCGUAUAAUGUGUAACAUGAAUGAAUAGUAGGUAUUGUUUUACAUCGUAUAAUUAGAGAUGUCGCGAACCGUCCGCGAACAUCUCGCGAACGGUUCGCCACGUUCGCCACGAGCUGUUCGCGGCGAACUCCGGUCAGCUGACACGUCCCGGCCAAUCUCCAGCAGACCCUCCCUCCCAGACCCUCCUACUUCCUGGACAGCAUCCAUGUUGAAACUGCUGACAGCUGACCAGAGUUCGCCAUGAACAGCUCGCAGCGAACGGCGGCGAACCGUUCGCGAGAAGUUCGUGGACAGUUCGCGACAUCUCUACGUAUAAUGUGUAACAUGAAUUGAUUCUAGAUAUUUCUUAAUCUAUAUGACAUCUGGAAAAUGUUGCCUAUUUACCUAAUAAACAUAUAUAUAAAAAAUAUUACAAAGUGUAAAGGUGUUUCCACAUAAAUCAGACAUAUUCCCCAUCUUUAUUGUGCUCAUAUGCCUUUCCUUUUCUGUUUCCUACUAUUCACCCGAUUUUAAUUCAGUUAAACAAGUAGGAUACAGUUAAAUUAAAUGAGUAUUGCAGGAUUUUAGAUAUUUACUUUGGAAAAACGGUAGUUCUAGUAAACAUACGGAUACACGGUUUCUCUGAGCACCAUAACUACUUCAGUGGUUUGGUGUGUUCAUG